UUUUUACCCUGCCCUGCGGCGGCUCCGCCCCUUGCUGUUAUGGACGACUCAGAGGUGGAGUCGACCGCCAGCAUCUUGGCCUCUGUGAAGGAGCAAGAGGCCCAGUUUGAGAAGCUGACCCGGGCGCUGGAGGAGGAACGGCGCCACGUCUCGGCGCAACUGGAACGCGUCCGGGUCUCACCGCAAGAUGCCAACCCACUCAUGGCCAACGGCACCCUCACCCGCCGGCAUCAGAACGGCCGGUUUGUGGGCGAUGCUGACCUUGAGAGACAGAAAUUUUCAGAUCUGAAACUCAACGGACCCCAGGAUCACAGCCACCUUCUGUAUAGUACCAUCCCCAGAAUGCAGGAGCCUGGGCAGAUUGUGGAGACCUACACAGAGGAGGACCCUGAGGGAGCCAUGUCUGUUGUCUCUGUGGAGACUUCUGAUGAUGGGACUACUCGUCGCACAGAAACCACAGUCAAGAAGGUAGUGAAGACUGUGACAACACGGACCGUCCAGCCAGUCCCUGUGGGGCCAGAUGGGCUGCCUGUGGAUGCCUCCUCAGUCUCCAACAACUACAUCCAGACUCUGGGUCGAGACUUCCGCAAGAAUGGCAAUGGAGGGCCUGGUCCCUAUGUGGGGCAGGCAGGCACUGCUACCCUUCCUAGGAACUUCCACUACCCCCCUGAUGGAUACAGUCGUCACUACGAAGACGGCUAUCCAAGUGGCAGUGACAACUAUGGUAGCCUGUCUCGGGUAACCCGCAUUGAUGAGCGGUACAGGCCUAGCAUGGAGGGCUACCGGGCACCUAGUAGACAGGAUGUCUAUGGGCCCCAGCCCCAGGUCCGGGUAGGUGGCAGCAGUGUGGAUCUGCAUCGCUUUCACCCAGAGCCUUAUGGGCUAGAGGAUGACCAGCGUAGCAUGGGCUACGAUGACCUGGAUUAUGGCAUGAUAACUGAUUACGGCACUGCCCGUCGGACCGGGACACCCUCUGACCCUCGCCGACGCCUCAGGAGUUAUGAAGACAUGAUUGGUGAAGAGGUGCCACCGGACCAGUACUACUGGGCUCCUUUGGCCCAGCAUGAAAGGGGGAGUUUAGCAAGCUUGGAUAGCCUGCGCAAAGGAGGACCCCCGCCACCCAGUUGGAGACAGCCAGAGCUGCCAGAGGUGAUUGCUAUGUUAGGGUUCCGAUUGGAUGCCGUCAAGUCCAAUGCAGCUGCAUACUUGCAACACUUGUGUUACCGUAACGACAAGGUGAAGACUGAUGUGCGGAAGCUCAAGGGCAUCCCAGUGCUGGUGGGAUUGUUAGACCAUCCUAAAAAGGAAGUGCACCUUGGAGCUUGUGGUGCGCUUAAGAACAUCUCUUUUGGGCGUGACCAGGAUAACAAGAUUGCCAUAAAAAACUGUGAUGGCGUUCCUGCUCUUGUGCGGUUGCUCCGAAAGGCUCGUGAUAUGGACCUUACUGAAGUUAUUACAGGAACCCUAUGGAAUCUCUCUUCCCAUGACUCAAUCAAAAUGGAGAUUGUGGACCACGCACUGCAUGCCUUGACGGAUGAAGUUAUCAUUCCACAUUCUGGUUGGGAGCGGGAGCCUAGUGAAGACUGUAAGCCUCGCCAUAUUGAGUGGGAGUCGGUGCUCACCAACACAGCUGGCUGCCUUAGGAACGUCAGCUCAGAGAGAAGUGAAGCUCGCAGGAAACUUCGGGAAUGCGAUGGUUUAGUUGAUGCUCUCAUUUUCAUUGUUCAGGCUGAGAUUGGCCAGAAGGAUUCAGACAGCAAGCUUGUGGAGAACUGCGUUUGCCUUCUUCGGAACUUAUCAUAUCAAGUUCACCGGGAGAUCCCGCAGGCCGAGCGUUACCAGGAGGCCCCUCCCACCAUUGCCAACAAUACUGGGCCACAUGCUGCCAGUUGCUUCGGGGCCAAAAAGGGUAAAGAUGAGUGGUUCUCCAGAGGGAAAAAACUCACAGAGGAUCAAGCAAACGAUACUGUGGACUUUCCCAAAAGAAGCAGUCCUGCUCGAGGCUAUGAGCUCUUGUUUCAGCCAGAGGUGGUCCGGAUAUACAUCUCACUCCUCAAGGAGAGCAAGACCUCUGCUAUCCUAGAAGCCUCUGCUGGAGCUAUCCAGAACCUGUGUGCUGGGCGCUGGACGUAUGGUCGAUAUAUCCGCUCUGCUUUGCGUCAAGAGAAAGCUCUUUCUGCGAUAGCUGACCUCCUGACCAGUGAACAUGAGCGGGUAGUGAGAGCUGCCUCUGGAGCUCUGAGGAAUCUGGCUGUGGAUGCUCGCAACAAAGAGUUGAUUGGUAAACAUGCUAUUCCUAACUUGGUAAAGAAUCUGCCAGGUGGGCAACAGAACACUUCCCGAAAUUACUCUGAGGAUACUGUCGUCUCUAUUUUGAACACCAUCAAUGAGGUUAUUGCUGAGAACUUGGAGGCUGCCAAGAAGCUUCGGGAAACGCAGGGUAUUGAGAAGCUGGUGUUGAUCAACAAAUCAGGGAAUCGCUCCGAGAAAGAGGUUAGAGCAGCGGCACUCGUCUUACAGACCAUCUGGGGUUAUAAAGAACUGCGGAAGCCACUGGAAAAGGAAGGAUGGAAGAAAACAGACUUUCAGGUGAAUCUCAACAACGCCUCUCGGAGCCAGAGCAGUCAUUCCUAUGAUGAUAGCACUCUCCCGCUCAUUGACCGGAGUCAGAAAUCAGAUAAGAAACCUGAUCGGGAAGAAAUUCAAAUGAGCAAUAUGGGAUCAAACACAAAAUUAUUGGAUAACAACUAUUCCACAUUGAAUGAGAGAGGGGACCACAGUAGAACACUGGAUCGAUCCGGGGACCUAGGGGAUAUGGAGCCAUUAAAGGGAACACCCCUGAUGCAGGACGAGGGGCAGGAUUCUCUGGAUGAAGAGUUGGCUGUGUUGGUUUUGGAUGAUGAGGGGGACCGAGUUUCUUACCCCCCCAUGAGUCUGGGAUAUGCAUCGGUGGUCUGA